AUGGCCGACGCUCAGUCGGCCUUGGAGGUGCUUCGUCGCACAGAUGCCACGCCCAUUGCGCAGCUCCACCCCGACAUCGACGAUGCCUUGUCGCGCGUGGUAGAUGGUGUCGUCACCGUUACCUGGCCGCACAGCGUCGUCACAAAGUCCAUCGCCUUCAUCCUCGCCGAGCACGAUUUUCGACUGCGUCGUGACAAGGGACAGCUUCGCAUUGAGCUCCACGGCCCAGCGGCUCAGGCCCUCGCCGAAUCUACCAUUGGCGGCGGCGAUGAGGCUCGCAUCAGCUUGGAUGGAGCCCAAUGGGAGAAGCACCAAGCGCCGACUCGGCUGCCCGGCGGCACCUUGGAGUGGCAGCUCAAAUUCUCUAACCGCCUGCUGUUGGAGGUCCGCAGAGCCCAAGACCAAGGCAACGACUUCAUACAAGUUGACGCCCCGGAAGAUCAGGAGCCGCAGCCCGAGCCCAAAAGCCCCCUGGCCGACAGACUUAACCCCUCCCCACCCGAUGCGCAGUCACAGCGUGACCAUGCCAUGCCCUUGGCGAUACCGGACGUCGUCGCCACCCCAUCGUCUUCGCUUCCCGCCAAAAGACCAGCCUCCUCGACCUUUGGACCGGACGAGUAUGCGUCGCCUGCCUUUCUGAAACGUGCUCGGGUAUCAUAUGGAUCACUCUUCGAGGGUGGGCUCGACAUGUUCGACGAAGAAAAGGAGACCAAGACCAAAGGAAAGCGGCGACCGCGUUUCAGCAUGCAAAACACAACCUGGCGAUACACUAGCCGAUCCCCAAGCCCCGAGGCCGACACGCCAUCCGAUCACGAGAGCGACGUUGGGGACAGGCCAGGACGGGACGAAGAGGCGCAAGCCUCGGCAGGCACUCCCAAGGCUUCGCCACCACGACCUUCAAUGGUGGACGAGGCGUGUCAAACGCAGGAAGUGUACUUCAGUCCAUCACAGAUGGAGGCUCAAAUCUUGGCCGAGUCUCACGUACCCGGUUCUAUGUUGCAGCCUGCAUCGACGUCAGGACCGCCGGGACAGCGUCAAGACCAAGCUGGAUUUCAGACGCCAUCUAGAACACUCUUUGAUCGAGGACGCGGCCAGCGCGAUGUGCUUCGGAUAGCUGAGGAGCCCGACAUGGCAUACGAGACAGCCGGCUCGCACGGUCACGACUUUGGGCUUGGGGCAGAGCAGCAUGUCGGUUCAGCCAAUAUGCUUGGCGCGCCGCCUGUUGCAACCUCGGCCACAAGCCCAGCGGUCUUUACUGAAGGCAUCUCAGCACCAGGUUAUCCUCCUGCGGUAUUCGACGGCAACCAUCUUGACGCCACAGCCUUGAACAUUGACCCCAGUCUGCAGUUCCCAGGGGCGAUUCCUGUACCGGACCACGUGUACUUUGAUGCGCCCCCCCCUGGACAUGUUGAAUGGCACGCGGAGCCGCUCGCAGCUGGACGCGCAUGGGUUCCUGUCCAAGCUAGUUCACAGUCUCCGGCGGUUGCCGUGUUUGGCUCUUCACCUCUGAGAAGACAGCCGCAUAGCAUCAGUUCGGGAUCAAGGAACUCAAACGGAUCCGAGCUGGGUCCCAAUCUUGCCUCUGGCAGCGGCGAGGAAGCUUUUCAGGGUGGAUUUGCAGGGGAGACUGCAGAAGCGGAGACGACGGGACGCGACGACGCCGACGCCCGGGACAUUCCAGGCGAAGACUAUGACCUGCGGAACUACGACCGUGCAAGGGAUGACGACGAGGAAGAAUCCGAGGAAUCCGAGCCUGGUGGCAGCGAUGUGGAACAGCAAGCCAUCGACCUCUCAGAGGAGGACGAGGAAGAUGAGCUGCAUGGUCAAGCACCGGAAACAGAGCAAUACAGCGAGGCUGGAUAUGGCGUAGAAAGCGUGCACCGCGGUCCUGGAGCUGGUGAAGACGCGGGCUACUUGAGUUCAGACGACGAGGAUGACUCGGACGACGAAGCCCAAGUAUUGAAUGGCUUGGAGGAAGACGAUGGUGAGGCCCGAUACUAUGACCAAGAGGAUGAAGAUGGCUAUGAUGGACUCUAUGGAGGUGAAGAGGAAGAGGAGUCUGAGGAGUACGGCAGUGCUUUCAACGCCGCGCCAAGGGCCACGGCUCCUCAGGAACCGGUGUUUAUCAGUCUUCUCUCCGACUCGGAGGACGAGCAAGAGUCCCAGGCAGAACCGGGGCCGCCCAGUAUUUCCCCGCCGCUGGUGAGGGACUCGAUGCCACUCAAUGGACCUGUCGGAGGAGUUCUUCCUGAGACUGCAAAUAGUGCAGAGUUACAACGAGACAGCGAGUCCUCGGCGAACUCAAGUCUCGAUGUCAACGAGGAUGAGUCUCCGGGGCUGGACGCAGCUGGACGAGUGCACACGCAUCAGGGUCUGGAGAUGGAGCCCAUGCCAUCUCAACCAGCACCAUCUGCAUUUCUGGAGGCUUCGGAAUAUACCCACCAAUCGGCCAGCGACAACGCAAGUGUACAUGAUGACUCGGAAAUUGAGGAGGAGCGACAGCCUGAGGGGGAUGGGCGGUACCAGGACACGGAGGUUAAUGGCGAGGAACCCAUUACCACUGCUGCCGCCGAGGCUGUUUCGUCAGAGCCGAUGGACGUUGAUGAGGAACCGGGUGACGAGGCUCCAAGCGACCAGGUACCGAUCAAUGAGGCGCCAGGCAAUGAGGCACAGACUAGUCCACCCAUGGGCGAAGACCCGCGGCCUCAAGCAGGCCAGCUGGAGGCGUUGGUUCAAGACAAGCCCGCUGACGGGGAAGCCAUAGAGAUUCCACUGGAGCAUCAGCAAACGGCCGUGGAAAUUUUUGAAUCCCAGCCCCUCGAGCCCCAAGGAAUUGAAGGAGAGGAGCAAGUUCUCACUGAGGCCUCGGACAGCCUCGGGCAGGACGCCCUCCCUAACGAAUCAUCGGAGUAUCACCAAACUGACCUUCAGACAGCAGAUGCAGACGUGGUGUCAGUGGUCACCGAGGUCGAGCAAGUUCAUGACGAAUCGUCAAUCUCGGGUACCCACCCAAAUGAUUCCGAGGAUUUGGCUACACUGGAAGCCCUGAAAGCAGCGGUUCCCGGGGGGUGCGUUGAGCAACUACCGACCCCGAGCGAGACUCAGCCCAAGGAGGAUACAGCUGCGUUAGUCGAUGCCGAAAACCAAGUUACUGAGGAAGGCGAGGACGAUCGAGCGGCGCAGGCACAAAUUAUGACCGAAUAUCAGGAAUAUUAUACUCCUACCAAGCAGAAUACGACUCGACCCAGCCCAGGCAAGGCCCAGGACAAGGGCCAGGUCAAGGGCGGCGAUCAGGAGCCAGAAGCUCUUAUUACAGUCAAGUCCCUCCGGAGUCGGGGUCAUCGGAGGACCAGAUCCGGCGACACGAACAGCCAGUCGCACGAGGAUCCAAGUGUUCUUUUGGCCAAGGCUUCUGCGUGUCGUCCCUCGGGCCCUAAGCCGGGCGCAGAGCCAAAGUCGCCAACACGUCUGCGCGUAGCCGGCAACAGGGGCGAUGCGUCGGAUCCGAGCCUACUCCUGGCAAAGGCGUCCGCUUCGGAACCAGCUCACCCAAAGGAUCAUCAGUCACCGACUACGUCACGCGCAGCAAGCGGCACAGCCGACGAGGCAGCCACGGUCAUGCCAUCGGCCGGAGCAUCGUCUUCGUCGCCCAGGGGCAAGCGACGACACGCAACCCCGGAGGUGACUCGGGAGCUCCGCAGCAAGCCGCACGACGCCGCACGCCGCAACACUCCGGAUGCCGUUGCAGAGACGAUUUUGAAGUCGCCAUCGGUGGCCGGAUCGUUGGAAGAUGAAGACGUGGCGGCAAUGAAGCGAAAUCUACAAAAGACGCUCCGCACCGCCUUGCCAGACUUUCUUCCUCUGCGGUCCCUGCGCUCAUCGUUGAACAAAACGGUUGACAUUCUGGCCAUGUCUACCUUGACUCCGCCGCAGCCGCAUCGUCCCAAGCACGGCCCGCGCGACUACAUGCUGGAGCUGAUACUCACGGACCCCUCGACGGCACCGACGAGCGUCGUCGUGGCUCACCUGUUCCGGCCACACCAGACCUCGCUGCCGGUGGUGAAGGCCGGAGACGUGGUGCUCUUACGCCGCGUGCAGGUCGUUUCGGUCAAGGGCCGCGGCUUCGGGGCAAGGGCUGGGGACACCUCGGCUUGGGCAGUCUUUGAGAAGGACGACGAGGAGAUGCUGCCACAGAUCAAGGGACCACCGGUGGAGGUAACGGACGCCGAGAUUGAGCACGCGCAGGGGCUGAGGCGAUGGUGGGCCAUGCAGGGCGAAGGGGCGAUGGCCAAGGUUGACAAGGCGACGCAAAAGGCGUCACAAGCCGGCAAGGGUGAUGCAAGGUGA